GUGGAGGCUGGCGUUGACAUUUUCCCCCCAUCGUGCUCUGCGGCGCGUAGCCUCAAGUAGGGAAGACGGUGCAAGAUGGCGGCGCAAGGCGGAGGGCCAGGCUCUGAGGCGGCCGCGCCGGGCGGGGUGAACGUCUUCGCCAACGACGGCUCUUUUCUAGAGCUCUUCAAAAGGCACAUGGAAGAGGCCGCUGCAGCUGGCGGGAAAAGCGGUGCGGGGGCACAGGGAACUGGGACCGAGAAAGAGACCGAGCCACGAACGGAGCCGCCCGGGGAGCAGGAGCCUCCGGGGAAGAAGCGGAGCGGGAGCGCCCUUAGCUUCGUGGGCAAGCGGAGAGGGGGCAGCAAACUAGCCCUGAAGACAGGAGUGGUAGCCAAGAAACAAAAGACAGAGGAUGAGGUUUUGACAAGUAAGGGAGAUGCAUGGGCCAAAUAUAUGGCUGAAGUGAAAAAGUACAAAGCCCACCAGUGCAGUGAUGAUGAUAAAACCCGUCCUUUGGUGAAAUAACUUUCAGCUCCAGCCUGGACUGUCUCUGAUGUACAUAAUUAUUUAAAACAGCGAAGGAAACUAGCUCUGCCCUACAGACUGAGUGCUGCCAUGGCAGCAGGUGACUUGCCAUACUUUUAUACCUGGGAACUUAGAGCUUCCUUCAAUGGUUCAUUUAUUGUUUUCUCCCCCCCCCCCGACAACGAAGAACUUUGACUUAGCUGCAGAUUUUUUUUUUACUUGUAAUCCCCAAAUAGUGGAAUUGGUCUGUCAUGUUUUUCCUUGAAUCACCAGGCAAGAUACCUCUCCCAUUACACCCCAAGGCACACAGCCUUUGCUUAACAUUACUCCUGAAGUUUCCACCAUGGGGUCAGCCAACUGACUCCAUCUCUGCCAAAUGAUAUCUUCCUAUUGAAGGUGAACUUAAAUGCAGUCACAGCUAGCUGAUCUGUGCUGCUGGCUGUGGUAACCCCAGAGCACUUUCAGUUUUCCUUAUCUGUAGCUGAUGAAAAAAGACUGCUGUGGGGUUUCUUGGUAUGCGGCAAGUUUGUGACUGCGUUUCUGCCUUUUUUUACCCGUUUCACUGUAGUAUUGCAGUGGGUUGUGUGGUUUUCAUUUUGAAUUCCAGUUGCUGCUGCUUAAGCCUGUUCUAGUCUUCUAUGCAUGCUGCAAUCCAGCACCAGGGAUUAUUCUGUGCCUCUUUCCUAGCUAAGAAGGUAGAAACUUGUUCUGCACUUAACACUGUACCAUGAACAUAUUGGUAAAAAACUGGUUAAAAUUACCAAAGGCUUGCCUAGGACAAAUGGAACUCCAAAUAUCAUGAUUUUAGCCUUUAACCUGCCCUUAUGUCCUUGCCUUGAGCUGUGUGCCUAGAGUUCUUGGACUGUGACCACAGGCUUAGAACUAUGGGUCUGUGGCUGCUGGUUUGGCAAUAGCCUGCUGUGGACAUGACCUGGCUUUUUAUCUGUCCUUAGUGUUCCCAAUUGGAUUCUCUACACUAUUCUUGUUAGUAUUCUGAGUGCUGAGAUGUAAUCCCUGGCACAGACAACAAUGAGUUCUAUUGUUGCUGUGAGUGGCUGGGCAUGACAACUUUGUAGAAAGGCUUCUGGUAUAUUCCUAGAAAAUAUUAACUAGAUCUUUCAGAGAUCUAAUUACAUCACUUCCAGUUUUAUGCUAAGGAGCAGUUGGGAUAACUUCUGAAUUGCACCUUUGUGCUAGGGCCUUUUAAUGGAACAGGCAGUUUUGUUGGGGAGGAUAUUAAAAAUACCUAACCUGUAAGUGUUAAACAUGCAAAUCACAUGCUGAAGGAGGACCACUUGAGCUAAUCUACCAUCAUCUGUGAUAAGACUAUCUGGAUGGUUAAUAAAUGAAAGUGUUUAUGAAAGAGCAUACAAACCAGAUGAUCUAUAUAUACUCUCAUUUACAAAAUGUCACUGCUUUCUGUCUCACAACAACUUUGGAACUUACAUAGGAAACUUAAAGAUCCCUGAGGUGGAGAAAACAAUGUUCUUUUUUUAACACUAAGAACAUUUCGUGGAAUUUCAACCAGUUGGAGGCACUGUCUGCUGUUGAAAGUCUGAAGCAGCAGUAGAGGCUUAAAUAUUUCACUAGUAUUUGAUUAUAAGCAGUGGCAAUUUGCUUCCCUAUUACAUAUGUGGUUAGGCUCACCUUUAUUGCUUUUGACCUACACAGCCCAGCAAUCAAUGCCAAUAAUCACUCAAAAUACUAACUUUU